AAAAAAAAAGAGAGAGAGAGGGGCAGGAGAAGUUUUUUCUCAGAGGAAAAUGCAGGGUUUGUCCUUAACCCUGACGUCAGAUCUUGCUUUAAUAAAACCCCCCAAGAGCCGCGGGGAGAGGCGUAUCUGGCGCUCCUGAUGGGCCGGGUCAGUCUCGGCCCCGCUCCCCCGAGAGGUGGCUGGAUCCUCUGGGCUGCUCCGUAGAUGCCUUUGCCACUGACUUCCAGGCAUGAGGUGGCUCCUGCCCUGGACGCUGGCAGCAGUGACAGCAGCAGUGGGCAGCGCCCUGGCCACGGCCCUCUCUCCAGCUCCCACGGCCAUGGCCUCCACCCCGGCACCACUGGAGGACACAUCUUCACGCCCCCAGUUCUGCAAGUGGCCAUGUGAGUGCCCGCCGUCCCCACCCCGCUGCCCGCUGGGGGUCAGCCUCAUCACAGAUGGCUGUGAAUGCUGUAAGAUGUGCGCUCAGCAGCUGGGGGACAACUGUACGGAGGCUGCCGUCUGUGACCCCCACCGUGGCCUUUACUGCGACUACAGUGGGGACCGCCCGAGGUACGCAGUAGGAGUGUGUGCACUGGCCGCGGGUGAGGUAGAGCCCUGGCACAGGAACUGCAUAUCCUACACCAGCCCCUGGAGCCCCUGUUCCACCAGCUGCGGCCUGGGGGUCUCCACUCGGAUCUCCAACGUCAACGCCCGGUGCUGGCCUGAGCAGGAGAGCCGCCUUUGCAACCUGCGGCCGUGUGACGUGGACCUCCAGCCACACAUUAAGAAAGGGAAGAAGUGUUUGGCUGUGUACCAGCCGGAAGCGUCCGUGAACUUUACGCUCGCCGGCUGUGUCAGCGCACGCUCCUACCGGCCCAAGUACUGUGGGGUCUGCACAGACAGCAGGUGCUGCGUCCCCUACAAGUCCAAGACCAUCGACAUCUCCUUCCAGUGCCCUGAUGGGCCUGGCUUCUCCCGCCAGGCCCUGUGGAUCAACGCUUGCUUCUGCAACCUGAGUUGUAGGAAUCCCAACGAUAUUUUUGCUGACUUGGACUCCUACCCUGACUUCUCAGAAAUUGCCAAUUAGGCAGGGACAAAACACGGGCUUGAGACCUGGCCCAGUGCUUGCAAAGCAGCCAGCCUUCUGAGGCCCUCGGUGAGCCUUCUUUUGUCCACCUCCCACUCAUUUCUAAUUACCCUGAUCCAGACCCGUGGGCCCCUUCCCUGUCUCCAGCCACCCAAAGCACCCAUUAUAUUAUGGUGCUGCUCAGGCCCAGACCGUGGGUCCUCUCCUCGGCAGCAUUCUCCAUACCCUUCAAAGAAAGUGCCUGUCUCCAGCUGUUCUGGACAGUACCCAAGCUGGAUCUGGCCCAUCCAAGUCUCUGGAAGUCCUCCUGGAUCUUGCCCAAGUCCCAAGGAACAGGAUCAGCUAGACAUUCAAUAUCACUUGUUCCCUCUUUAGAUGCCAGGCCACUAGGCUCCUUGGGUCCAUUCAGAAGGACAGAUGGGGUUUAGGACAGCAGAACGGUCCAUUAUUUGCCAAGCAGCCCUCUAACAGACAGUGCUGACUGCAGCACACCGAAGUGUCUCUCAUUCCAAAGAUCUGUGCAUCCUAAGGUCCCCAGACACUUGCCAAGCGAGGUGAAUGGUUGUUUGGUUUUGUUUUUUAGUGGAAAAUUGUAUUCAUUAAUCUGGGCAUUGUUGAAGUUAAGUUUCUCUUCACCCUUACACUGUGAAGGGUGUAAAUUGGGUUCAUCUCAAUCAGAAAGCCAACUCGAGAAACUUCAUUCUUGUUCCUGGGAAAAGCUCCCAGUCAAUACUCCAGGGUCAGAGCAAGGCCAGCCAGUUUUCAGAAGGAGCGAUUGAACUCAGCACUGGAUCUGCCGCUCGUGGACAGGGCGUUGGGCAACUAGCCAGGCUCUUCCUCACAUCUGGCCCCUCUCCCUGCUUGGGGGCUCGUGGGAGUUGGUGGAGUCCCCUGGGAUGAUGUCUCUGACUCCUGAGAGUGGUGUCCUAUGACAUUUCUCUGUUUUGGGGGAGUCUUGGGAGAGGCCAGACCUGCCUGCAAUGAUGGAGACAGGUCCAGGUGAGGUUGAAUUAAACCAAGAAGUGGGUCUCUUUCUGCCUCAGUGACCCAUUUCACAAACUGUGGGUCUGCUGACCCAAACAACCCAGUUCUGGUGUGAAGACAGAGGUUUACCAGUUGUUUUGAAACAGAAUUUUAUUUAACACGGAUGAAAAGCCAAAGGGUUUGAAGCUAAAAGGAAGAGAAAGUUGUUAUUAAUGGAAAUGAGGCUAUUAUUUAUUUUAUUAGUAACGUAUAGGUACUUACGGCCGGAAUUCUCUUAUUUAAUACCUUCUGCACAUCAGAUGUUGUUCUCAGCGCUUCACAUACGCCGUUACCCUAGCUCACGGGAACUUCGAUGUCAUGUCGAAAAGUGUCUGUUGUUAUUUCUGUUCUUACAAAUGUGAAAUGGAAGCUCAGAAAGAUAAGGGAGCUUGACUAAAGACACUCAGCUGGUCAGUGGGGGAGUUAGUCCAAGUCGGGCUGACUCUGUAACCCUUAUUUCCCCCCUAUUUUUAGAGCUUCCAAAUGUGUCUGAGCAGGAAAACAUGCUGGGCUGAGCGACUUCUUGCUGUCGUUGUUGGCUCUUAUUUCUGUCUUUCUAGCUCCUUUCCCAAGACAAGAGAGUGUCUGAUUAUUUAGGUCCCUACUCACCAAACAAAAUAUGGGAUUAAACAAAAAUCCAUGAACCCCCAGCACAUCGUCCCCUCCUGCUGAGCAGAACCAGCUCUCAUCACGCAUUUAAAAGGAUGAUUUUGUUUAUCCAGGGCUGCAGACACGGUGAAGCUGCAGUUACCCAUUAGGGAGCUCUGGGUGGUGUGCGGAGGGAUUUCUAGACAGGGAACAAGGACUGAGAAUGUGCUCGCCUUACUGUGACCUCCCGAAUGCCCAGUGCAAGGCAUACAGUGGUGCUUAAUAUGUAUCUGAUGAGUAAAGGAAAUUGUACAUGUGUUCCUGCUUGCA